AAUGUACAGUGGAUAGGUGUGAACUGAAUUACGGUACAGAGAUAAAGUGUGUCAUAAACUUCUUAAAAAUGACCGAAGUAGUGGAUUACGACAGCUUAAAUGUACUUCUGAAGGCGAGCUCCAAGGAAUUGGUGUUGCGGCUGUGCAAUCAGGCAUUCCUUUACAGAGAUCUGAUCCAGCCACCGGCCGAGGUUGUGCACAAGGUCGCCGAGGGGCUGACUGCCAGUGAGGGUGAAGCUAGCAAGUUGUUACGGUCCCUCGGUAAUCUCAUCCGGAAUGUACUCUACAUUGGCUGUACAGAUGCUACCUCUGUCCAAGCUGUCUUCCCAAGUGACUUCCACAAGAAUCUGAAGGACCUCCUCACCAGAAUCUUUGCCGAAAAUUUGACAACGUGGAGAAACAGAUCUGUCAAUAGCCAAAUAUCCUUGCCGCGUCUUGUGGAUUUUGACUGGAGGGUUGACAUCAAGACAUCCUCAGACACACUGGCCAGGAUGUCUGUGCCCACAUGUGUACUUCAACUCAAGGUUCAGGAGAAUCCAACAAGAGUUGACACAGCUCCAGAAACAUCCACUAUGAACGUGGAGCUCAGCAAGGAGACACUAGACACCAUGCUGGACGGCUUAGGGAAAAUCCGCGACCAGUUAAACUCGGUCGCGCAGAAAUGACGAGGAGUCUUUACAAGUCAUUUUAUGAAAGUAUCCAUAAAAGUAAAAGCAAUCUAGCCUUUAAAUCCUCGACGAAGAAUGCUUUUGUCACAGCUCAUUUGAAUAGCUUGUGAAUUGGCUUAAGACAGAAUGACUUUGUGAUGGACUUGUGAUGGAAUUACAGGGACUUGUGAUGGACUUGAACACAACAUUGGGGAAACCUCUGCUCGUUGUUAUUGUGUGCAGGUUCUGUACACAAAGAAUCGUAGAAGAAAUGUAACUUUUACCAUGCCUCUUUCUUCAACAUUUCUGCUGAAAUAAAGGCCGAGAUAACAUUGCUUUUGUGCGUGAUUUUUCCUCUUGCAAACACGUUGGAGAGCACACCGUCUCGUUGAAUCACCAUUUGGGAUUAUCUGAAUGCACUGACGUCAUCUUACCAUUUGCGGAAAUCUGACAAUUCUACUGAAAGUGCACGACCUUGAUUUAUUUGGGUUGAUACAAUUUUGGACAUACUUGAUUAACAGGCAGUCUUUGGUAUCACUGGUCAAAUUAUGAGGUAGUGACAGGUCGAAUCACAAGCCAACUUUCAAGUCAAAUCAGAAGCCAGCGAUGAGCCAAUUCACAGCCCGCACAAUAGGAUGAACAGUAACCACGGGAAGCCCUUGACAUAUUUUAUUGGGAUAGCGUUUGUCUUCAGAAUGGAUGAUUUGUGAUGGCUGAGACCAUCAUAAGACAAGACACACUGUCACGGGUAAGUAACUCAAAAUACCAUCACAGGGCUGUUUAAGAGGUUGAACAAUGGCAGAGAAAUGCUUUUGGUAGAGAUUAAUCAAAUAUCUUCUGACUUGAAUCCAGACCGGAGGUCUUGUGAGGUUCUUAUGAUGGUCUUUUGGAGCCUUGUGGUGGUCUUAAGAGGUCUUGACUACAACACUGUCGAUGACUAACUCUAGAAAUUCACUAAAUACCAAGUCAUCGGUUUCUUUUUUGGGGCCAACUGUAGCUGUUCCAGUGUGGCGGUCUCGGCGGUCCCCCUGAGUAGCUGGACAUUAAACGGACGACUUCCCCGUUGUGCGCAGAGAUGGCAUGACGUAUUUUACCAUAUAAUGUGGUAAGGGGGACCGCUGAGACUGGGAGACAGCUUAGACCGUCACACCGGGUAGCACUUGGGUUGGUUUUUCUACAGAAGAUAAGGAGUUUGGAAAUGUCGACUUAAAAAGCUGGGACAACCUCAAGCUUCCAUCGCUCUGUAAAUUUCUCCCCAGCAUUGAAAACUGUAUUUCGAUCCCACGUUGUUAGUGGUAAUGGCUGGAAUACUUUAUUCGUGGCCAAAUUACAAAAAUUAAAAUUCAUCUGCAAUAAACUGAGCACUUUUGGGUCCACCAAAGCUUGUAAAACGGGGCGAUUAAAAUUUGUGACCUCCAAUUCCAUUCUGCAUUCCGCGUAUAGAUAUUUCGAUGGUAACAGGAUGCACAUCUAAUAGGAAUGGAUUUUCGUUGUCCAAUUUAAAAUAAAUUGAAUGACAAAUUCUUAGGUUUCUACUGUGGUAUAUUUAAUGAUUAAUAACGAACCAGUAAGCCAAAUCAAAGCAAAAAUACCUUUAAUGUUUGUACAUAUUUGAAUCAUCAACAUCAGACUUGAAAAGUAGAUUUGAUUUUGGCAGUGUAUAUUCCAAGUACCUUUCACAGAAAGUGGUGUCAGAAUUUGAAACCGCAGUAUACCAUGGACCCUGGUUAUUAGAGGCCUUGUCCAAAAGUUACGGCUUGGCUGGAAA